AUGAGCAUCAAUCCUCAAAUGUUGACCCCUCGGGUCGCUCAGGUGCAGCAGGCAUACUACAGGCCAGCUCAGCAGCAGCAGCAGCAACAACCGCAACCACAACCACAACUGCGCACAACCUCUACAGUCAUUGACGAUUAUGAACGCUGGUACAUGGAACCAACGCACUCUAACAGAAUGCUUCUGGCUGCAAAGUCCGGUAUAGACGAAGAAAUCAACUGGGCUCUGGAUCGCAUAUCAAGGCUCACUACCAACGAGUACUUUACAGUGAAAGGAAUCCCGAGUCUCUUGGAGGCACUCUACGAAUGGCCAGAGUGGUAUGCUGAGGAGGGAUACAAAGCCACUAAUGAUACCCCCUCGUUAUUUGCGCCGAACCCACAAGCGGCCAAUAAAAGACGGCACGCAAUCGAGUGCUUGCACAUUCUCAAGUCUGUUGGUCUCAACGAAGCUCAUGCGCAGGAACUUUUGUGGACCGUCCCGACACUUCCGUUGGUAACCAAACUCCUGGAAAAUCUGGAUCCCACGUUGGAUGCGCAUGUAGAAUUCGUUCUUUACGCGCUGGACCUACUACAAAUCAUCGGUCCAAGUGUAGUUCUUCGACCCCAGUCAUCCCCAAACCCAAUACCUCGGCUGAACGCUAUUCUAGCACGAUCCUCGGACCGCUCUUUGAUCAUGGGGUGUUUUUCUGCACUUUCGAUAUUACUAUCCAAUCCAGCGAAUGCCUCCAACUUGUCGGACUCCGCGCCAGCCAUCGACGCGGCAAUUCGUUAUCUUCCACUCUUUCGGGAGGAUAUUGGACUUGUGGAUGAAUGUCUAAAUUUUCUAUACGCGCACCUCUCCAACGUGGCAAUGUCAACUGCUUUUUUGCUGCGUCCGGAGAUCUCAGGAGUGUUGAAAAUCUUUGUCAACAUACUUCUCGCUGACCAAGUCGAACUUGAUACAUUAACGCAUGAUGUUUCCGGCGUCGUACACACUACGCCUUCAACAACCGUAGUCACUAAAGACCACGAACUUACCAAAGAAGAACUGGAUGCUCUUCUGGAAAUGCCAGAGCCGCAGAGAUGUUACGAGUGGAUGAAGACCAUGUUCGUCGCCAAACAAGAUGGAGAGCUUACUCAAGUGGAGUUUUGGAAUCUCUACAAAGAUAUUUUCAUGCAGUUUCAAGAUCGGUUCCCCCUCCUUGUAGCGUCCGAGGUUAUUAAGAAUGUCAACUUGAUCUUUCCUCAAGGCCAGGCGAUGGUACUCCCGGGCAACCCUGCAAGAUUUGUCGUUCGAGGUGUAGACCGGAGGAAGGACAUUGUCGUCGCAGAAAAAUUCAAAUGUCGAUGGGACCGCUCGAUAUGCGGUACGCCCGCGUUUAAAUCAGCAAGGGAGCUAUACGACCACCUACUCGAGCAUCUGAAGUCCCAGGAUAUUUCCCCAUGUAAAUGGUCGAAAUGCACUCAAAAACCAUUGGCCGCCGCAGCCCUCCGAGUACAUUGUCUCACCCACAUCGCAAGUUCCCAACCAGCGCCACAGGAUCCCUCACAGAGCGACAUUAUCACUUUACCAUCAGCAACUUCACAGUACCCUAUACCCAAUCCGACGACGCGGCCGCUCCCACCUGCGAGGGAUGCUGUCAUCACCUACAAAGCCCCGCGUGUCGAUCCCUCGUCUACGGCCUUGACUUCUCUCCUAUGCAUCCGCAGUCUGUUCCGUGCGUCAUUCGCGUACGAGGAGGCUGCCCCACGGCACGAUGCAGACCAUUUUGGCUUCCCUGGCAUCGUCGACGAGAAUGACGACGAGGUUACGGUGUCGGUAGCUGGGGAUCGUGAAAGGGAGGCUGCGAGAAGGGGGAGGAAAGCCUUUGUUGGUGUCUGUAAUCUCAUGAAGGAGGUCCAACUUCGUGACGAAACUCUGAUGGCGUGGAUUACUGAGAUGAUAGAUACCAGUCUACCCUUUCCAUGA